AUGGACAAGGAGUUCGUAUUGCAGUAUGAAGUCAAUUUUCUUGAGGGUAUAUCCUGUGGUGGCGGCUACGUUAAAUUGCUUUCUGCGGACCCAAAAUUGAACUUGACCCAAUUUCACGAUAAAACCCCGUACACAAUCAUGUUUGGCCCCGAUAAGUGCGGUAUGGAUAUGAAGAUCCAUUUCAUCUUCCGUCACCGUAACCCCAAAACUGGAGUUAUCGAAGAGAAACAUGCGAAACAGUCAUCAAAACCGCUUGAUACAUACUUCAGCGACAAGAAAACACAUUUAUAUACUCUCGUUGUGCGAUCUGACAAUUCUUUCGAAAUCUAUGUGGAUCAAACUCUUGUUAACUCUGGCAAUCUUCUCAAGGAUGUCAAUCACUUAAUGCCACUUUUUUUCAUAAUUGCUUAUGUUUUGGUUACUCCAAACGCGUACUUCCCACUGUAA